AACGUUGGCAGAAAGUCCAGCAGACGUACACGUGAAUUUGUUUACUUCCUCGAACGUUCAUCCCGUGCAACGUUUUGUGUAAGGGGAGACACUUUCUCCAGUAGCGCCCAAUAAAUCGAGUCUCUACCUCCCACAAAUCCGGGAAGAGGAUUUGAGACCACACUAUUUUAAGACAGGUCUAUAUUUCGGAGCUAAUCGGAACUACUUAAAACAUACAGCAUCAUUGAUUGACUUUAUUUUGAGCGUCUGAACUGGUUGGAAGUAUUUCGUGUCAUCUUCGGCCAUUGAGUGAUGACAGAGACAUAUCAUACUGUCAUUACAUAGAUUGACCUCUAUCCAGCCUUAGUGUUAUUCGUUUAAUACACUGUCCUACUAGUAAGGGCCAUGGCAACCCGAGCCAACGUUAAGCCGUUCAGCCCCACGGAGGCCCGGAGGAUUCAGGAUGGUUUACAGCAGCCCGCUGUCUUCCUAAACAUGGCUUCUGAUUGGCCAGUUUGCAACUGGAGCGUCGACCAAUUGGCUGUUUCCCUGGGAGACAAGCACAUCAGAUUCAGGCUUGGCCGAAAAGAUGAAACUAACUGGCCUCUGUUUGAGACACAGUGUGCCUAUGUAGAGGCUAACCUGGCCCAGUUUCUCAGAUGGACCAGUGGCCACAGUGAGGCGGCUGUGGGAUCUUUUGCCGCCUACCCCUUCUCGGAGUACUGGGCCUACGCUGACUACAAGUACAUUGCUCACCUCUUCCAGGAGACGCCUUCGAAGUUUCAGGAUGUCAGGUGGUCCGACUUUGGCUUUGAGGGGCGCGACGGGCAAGCCAGCACCCUGUGGAUCGGCACCCAGGGGGCCAACACCCCAUGUCACCUGGACUCGUACGGCUUCAACCUGGUGCUGCAGGUGCAAGGAAGGAAGCGCUGGCACCUGUUUCCUCCCGAGGACACGGCCAGCAUGUACCCCACCCGGAUCCCCUACGAGGAGUCCAGUGUCUUCAGCCGGGUGGACGUGGUCCGCCCCGACCCGGCCAAGUUCCCGGCCUUCAGGACGGCCAGGCCCCACCGGGUCACCCUGCAGCCUGGACAGGUGCUGUACGUCCCCAGACACUGGUGGCACUAUGUGGAGUCCUUGGAUACAGUCACUGUUAGCGUCAACACCUGGAUAGAGUUGGAAGUGGACGACGAGGCGAGGGUCAGCGAGGCCGUGACCAAGGCGGUGGUGUGCGCGCUGAAAGCAGCGCCCAGCCAAGACAACCGCGACACGUGGCUCAACCCCACCGAGGACGGAGUGGCCACUCACGAGGAGAACAUGCAGUGCCUGAACCUGGCGGUGCAGGCGUGCGCGCAACAACCGCCGACCAAAACGAAAGCCCUGAAACGAGACUCUGCCGGGCGGCCCGCUGACCCGGGCGUGGAACCUACGCCCAUUACCGCUGCCUUUGGGCCACACCUGGUCCUGGUGCCCUGCACCCCUCGCGAAGACACCCCCGGCUAUGACGCGACCUGCCCCGCCGAAACACCAACCAAGCAGGCCAAACAGUCGGGGUCCUCGGCAGACCACCCUGCCGGAGCCGACGGGUUCGGGGGGCCCGCCGCUGAGCAGGGUCGGGUACAGGGGGCGGGGGAUGCGCUGCCAAUCACCACCAACGACCUAUUGGACUGCCUGGUGCAUCCUGAUGUCAUCAGCCGCGUCACAGAGCUGUUGUUGGAGAAGCGGAGCGGGAGACGCCCCGGGGUCACACCCGCACAUCGUUGAGGUUUCGAUCCACGGUAAAUGACACAUGGGACUUAUUUGUGUUGUGUGGAGGCGAGAAGAUUGUGUUCAAAGGAGCAUCAAACCAGUCUUCACGCUUCUUGUUUGUUUAUUAAAGAGGCUUUGGUGCAAAUGACUCCUGUUUAGGCUAGAGGGGUAUGUGUCUGGACACCAACGUGGUGCUAAGCUUUCGCUUGAUAGGUUAAGAUUUUGACCCCAGUCCCCUGUUUGGCAGGAUCAGAAUCCCAUUGUUUAAAACAUCCCUUUAAAGGCUACUUUGGCUGUGAUUAAGGAGUGAAAUGCUUCCCCCCCCGAGUAAGCAGUUAUUCCAAACUUCUGAUGAGUCACAGAAAUACAAACAGUUGGAGGAAAUAACUGAGGAUUAAUUGAGCAAUUCAUAAGCCGAUCAAGUAAAUGUGGGAAUAAAUAUCAGCAAGUUCCCGGGUUUUGACACAUGCCUUGUUUACACAACCUAAUUCGGCAUCAGGAAUAAAAAAAAAAUCCACAAUGUUGUUUUUUAAACCGAUCAAGUAAAUGUGGGAAUAAAUAUCAGCAAGUUCCCGGGUUUUGACACAUGCCUUGUUUACACAACCUAAUUCGGCAUCAGGAAGAAAAAAAAAAUCCACAAUGUUGUUUUUUCAUUUAAAGAAGUCAAAAGUUGUUAACUUGACAUUGUUAGUGGGAAAUUAAUUUACUCACUCCUCAUAUAGUAAUCAGAGCAUUGCUUUCCAACAGCAACAGCAGAUUGUAAUGGUGUUGUGAUUGGUUUAAUUGCAGAACAUUUGUCAGGGUUCUCCAGGAACUUUGAAUUGACGCAGAGUUAAUUGGAAAAUUAAUGUUAAUUAUUGCAUACAUUUUAUACAUUUGUUUUCUUAAAAAAAAUAAAAGACAUUCUACAGAA